GGCCCGGUGUCCAGUGUCCGGUGUCCGGUGUCCGUUGAGUGCAUUAGGCAGCAUCGUCGUGUCGUCGGUACAUACAUAAAUGCAUAUCAAUGGCGAUGAACCAGUAGUCCAUAGGCGUCGGGGGAAGGAGUGGUGGAUAUACUCUACACACAAUGAUCGAAUGGCGGGUUGGUAGUUGGAACUUGGAACGCCCAGGCCUACUCUGGACCGGCCGCCGUAUGUGUGUAGAUACGCCGAAAAGUUCCCAACUUGUCGACUGGCCAUCCGGCAUCUGAUGUGCAGAUGUGCAGAUGUUACAGGGAAUAUAUCUGGAGAAGGAGAAGGAGAAGGAGAAGGAGAAGGAGGAGAAGAAGGAGGAGAAGGAGAAGGAGGCUGACGCGGGAACGCAGGAAUCAGAGAUGAACCCACCACCGCCACCACCACCACCUCGAACCGCGAUUCGCAGCUAUCUACGGUAG